AUGAUAAGGUGGAUACGGAACUCCCGUGUCAUUAUUCAGCAGCAUGUCUGGCAGACUCGAGAAAUACGUGUAGGUUUUACCUUUGUUCAUGUUCUCUUUGCAAUCGAGGAUGAUUAUGUCGUCGUAACGCAUGAUUUCGAGUGCCACCAAGACUUUUUGGUCUUCCUUGGUGAGAUUGCAAAACACGAAUUUGACGUCGACCCGUGCCCCGACUAUGGAUUGCGUCCCGUAGAUGAGUCGGAGGAAGUGCCUCUUUUGGUACUGAUCGGGAACUGUCAGGAUCCCGAUCAGUACCCUCAUGUCGUCGUCGCUCGAUAA